UUCAAUUUUGAAGUGAGGUUUUUGCAGCAUAAAAAUGCUGCAGGAGAGAAUUUUUUUUUUAAUUUCACAACUGGCAAUUACUAUUCUAUCGUUGCCACAUUCAAAUGCCGAAGUCGAACGAGUGUUCAAUUCAAGGAACAUUAAAAAAACAAAUUCCGUCGGAAGUGCUGCAACUCAUUGGAAUGAACAAAUGUUAUUAUUUCGCAAAAAAAAAACAACUGUUGAACUGCAACAUCAGCUUUUAAGCGAUGUUCAACACUAUAUUUCAACUGUGGCUGUGCCAGAUGAACAUGAGACCGAAUAAUUAUUUGAUUUAUUAGGUGUCUCAGCAAAGUGGUGCGCUACAUUGACAUGUGGUACAAAGUAACAAAGGACUUGCCUCAUGUGGUGAAAGACGAAAUCCUGAAGCGAGUCAUGUUGCGGGAUAAAAUUACCGACGAGAAUUUCCCGUACCUGGUGCACCCUAAAGUGACAAGGUUGGACCUGGGCGGCUGCGUCACCAACGAGAUGCUGGGGACCGUGAGACUGUGUCCGGAGCUGGAGGACCUGUGCCUGGGAGCGAGCGUCGGCGCGGUCGGUCCGGAGCUCAGCUCAGUAGUGCUUGCCAGCGCAUUCACAACACUUCACAAACUCAGAAGUUUGGUGUUGACCAAACUUCAGUCAGUGACGGACGAUGUGAUUGAGACGGUGACCUCCAACUGCCCUCUCCUCGCACUGCUCGAUGUGGCCGGCUGCAGCAGGAUCAGCAAUGCGUCGUUGGAAGCUGUGAAGAGUUUGAGGCUUCUGUAUGCUUUGAAUAUCUCACACACAAAGGUCACCGACGAGGGGAUGGUGCCGUACUUGGAGACGCGUGGAUCCCAGCUCACCGAGCUGCACGUGAGUGGCUGCCACGGACUGACCGAGGAGACCAGCAAAGCUGUCUCUCUGCGCUGCAAGAACUUGAAGUAUUUUUCGUCUGCAUCAGAUUUUUCUUUUGCCGAAGUACGUACUGCACUUGAUGGAGACAGUGCCUUGAAGAAUUUGGAAUACUUUGCCUGGAACAUUGUGUGACGGUUUUUAAUUUGAAGACCAUCAUCAACGUGGACUAGGAGUAUUUUUUUUCUGCAACUUUCAAUAACAGCAAACACUUUUAUUUUGUAAUUAACUUAAACAUAUUAUAUUUUGUAAUGCCGAGUUAAAAUCUAGUGAAGUCAACGUUUAAGAAGUGACAGUGAGUAUAAUACUCAUGUGGCAAGUAAACUUUUCUUGGUUUCCCUUUAUCCUUUUUAAGUUGUAUAAAGAUCUUGAAAUAUUGUUUUGUGGCAAGUCAUGUCACUGGCUUCCAUUGCAGUGUAAUGAACCGUGAAAAAAAUUUGGACUGGCAAUUAGAUUGUAAAAUACAAAUAAUUCUAAACUACAAUAAAUGUAUAAAUU